CCAGCCCCCACCCCCUCUCCUUGCCCAGCCAUGCCCACGCUCAACGUCAAAUGCGGGCCCAUGCUGCGCUACGACACGUGCGUGGCGGGAGUGUGGCUCGGCUAUGCGCUGUUAGUGCUCGAGGAUGCCACCUCGCAAGUCUCCGACGCCGCGCCGCCCACGCUGCAGUUCCUCGCGCGUCCCAGCCGCGGGCCGUACGACCAGGGUGGUCCCGCCGCGGUGCGCGCGGGCGAGAAUGCGCAGGCGAGCAGCAAGGGCGUGCGCAUCCACACGCAUCAGGGUGCAAAGGGAGCAUUCAGCUUUUGGCGCUUCAAGAUCGAGGUGCACCAGCAGGACGUCGAACUGGCAGUGACGUACAGCAUCGACGGCACCGCACAUCCAAACACGGACAGUCCCGCCGCAGAGGGCGGCAGCCACACGUUUUACGUGCCGGCCAAGACGCAGAACUUCCGUUGGGCCGGUCACUCGUGCAACGGCUUCUCGUCGUCGGAAGACCCCACUGCCUGGGCGCCCCCGAACUGCCCGGAUCCGGCGCCCAUCAAUGGCGCCAACCCGCUGUGGGACGACUUGCUCAAUAACCACCACGCCAAGAAUGUCUUCCAUGCCCUCGUGGGCGGCGGCGACCAGAUGUACGCGGACAAGCUGAUGAACGAGCCCGAGAUGAAGCUGUGGCACGACGAGCAGGACAAGAAGAAGCGCAUGGAGAUUCCCCUCACGCCCGAGAUUGAAGAGUGUCUUGAGCGCUUCUACUUUAACGCCUACUGCAACUGGUUCGGCGCAGGCACGUUCUCCAAGGUCAUUGCGCAGAUCCCGAUGGUCAACAUGCUCGACGACCACGACCUGAUCGACGGCUUCGGCACCUACCCCGACGACCUGAUGAUGUCGCCCAUCUUCAACGCCGUCGGCCGCAAGGGCUUCUUCUACUACUAUCUCUUCCAGCAGUUCAUCAACCCGCUCGGCUGCGACGGCCUCGACGAGGCGCAGCACCCGCUCAAGAGCGUCCUCAUCGGCGCGCCCGCCACGUACGUGCAGAUCCCGCACCACUCCUUCAUGGUGUACCUCGGCCCCAAGCAGUACAUCGUGCUCGUCGACUGCCGUGCCGAGCGCAAGAUUGCGCAGAUCUGCACCGAACAGAGUUACGAUCGUAUAUUCAAGGCGAUCAGAGCACUGCCCGACGGCGUCGAGCACCUCACGAUCCUCCUCGGCGUGCCGCUGGCAUACCCCCGCAUGGUCUUCCUCGAACGCACCCUCUCGUCCAAGUUCAACCCGCUCGUGCUGCUUGCGAAAUCCACAGCAAAAGGAUUCGUUAACCGAUUUAACGGAGAGGUCGAGCUCCUCGACGACCUUGGAGACCACUGGACGGCGCAGCCGCACAAGAAGGAGCGCAACUGGCUCGUCGAGCGUGUCCAGGAACUUAGCUUGGAGAAGCGCAUCCGCAUGACGUACCUGUCGGGCGAUGUCCAUGCUUGCGGCGUCGGCGUGUUCUACGGCUACCACGCCCAUUCGCCUGCGCAUGAUCCGAAGUACGCCCUGGCCAUCAUCUCGAGCGCAAUCGUGAACGCACCGCCUCCGCCGCCCGUCAUCAGCAUGCUCAACAAGCUCGCAACGAAGACGCACCGCAGUCUCUUCUACUGCGGAACGAAGGAGAGCAUGGUGCCCCUCUUCGAGGAGGGCCUCGACGGCAAGAAGCAGAAUGACUCGGCCAUCAUGGGUGCGCGCAACUACUGCAUCUGCGACUACGACGAGAGGAGCGGCGCCCUCCAGUUUGAUCUUCGCGUGGAGAAGGAGAAGGGCCUCGCUGCGCAGGGAACGAAGAGUUACAAGGUGACCACUCCUCGUCCGGAGUUUGAUGUGCCCAAGGAGCAUCAUCAUCUGCUCCACACCAAGGAGUGGGGCAAGUUGAUCGGCAAGAAGGAGAAGGAGAAUGCGGGCAGCAGCACGCACACGCGCGAGACGAGCCAUGCCUCGACUGCCUCUUCCGCCUAAGCUGCACCAGGCUGCAAUCAUCGAUCCGGAUACCCCUUCUAUGCGCCCAACGUCGGCGUGCGGACCACCGCCGCCCGCGUCCGCAAAGCUCUAUGCCCUCCUGCCUCUCGUCUUGUUCGUCUAGCUUGUGCUGCGUCUAUGUCUUGAAUGUCUACUCUUGC